AUGCGCAGAUGGCAGCGAGUAGCUGUGCGCCUUGCAUCUUUCAGGGUUUCAGGCAGCAUGUUGGCCCUGGGUGGCGUGGCGGUCGGGUCCGCGACUUGCACGGUGAGCAACAGGAGUUCGCUUCAAUGUAAUUCGGCCGUUCAGCCCAAGGAGAACCGCAAAGCAGAGGUGCUGUCCAGCCCAGCGAUCUCCAUGUUGAUGUCGAUCAUUCGCGACCAACGCACCUGCCAAGCCGAUUACGUCCGUGCCAGCGACCGCUUGAUGGCCAUCCUGGCUGAGGAGGGCAUCGCGCGGCUGCCAUCGGUAAAGCCAUCGGUGAUCCAAACACCUUGUGGGCCGUUCCACGGCGUGACAGCGCCGGAGGGACACAACAUUUGUGCCGUAGACAUUGUGCGGUCUGGUGGGAUUUUGCUGGAAGCUGUGCGAAAAGUCAUUCCGGAGUUGAAGACGGCCAAGAUUUUGAUUCAACGUGACGAAGCAACGGCCUUGCCCCAGCUCUACUAUUCCAAGCUCCCGGACGGCAUCGAGAAGCUGCAAGUACUGCUGUGCGACCCCAUGCUUGGAACAGGUGGUUCAGCAUUGACAGCCAUCGAAGUUCUGAAGAAAGCGGGUGUCAAAGAGGAGAACAUUCUGUUUAUCAACGUUGUCUCUUGCCCCGAAGGCUUAAAAGCCUUGGCAAACAAUGCCCCAGAUGUUCGCAUUCUAACCUGCGCAUUGGAUUCUCAUUUGAACGAUGUGAAAUUCAUUGUGCCCGGGGUUUGUGGGGCACCAACGGCCGAUGACAUUUUCCUGGGUGAGCUUUUGGCCCCAGGGGCGCCAGCAUGCGCCAGCCACGUCCGUGGCACCCCUUGGGCCCAUCGAUUCGACAGGAGCAGAGACGCCUUGAGUCCCUAUGACCUGUUGGUGAUCCCGGAGGAGCGAAUUAAGCGGGAGAUGGAGCACUUCACAAUUACACCCAGUGGGGUUGUACACGUGAUGCCUGGACAACUGUCAGAGUGCGUGAGCCUCUCUGAAUGGGUUCAUCAAUGCAUGAUGUACCGUGUUUUGAAGUCCAUGAACUUUUUCCGGCUCUACACGCACAGCAAGGCCAUCCAGCAAUGGCGCCGGAACGCGCGAGAUGCGGCCUUCUGCCGCACACGCGGGAGGUUGGCGCGCAACUGCUUCUGGUCGCGGCCCAUUUUGACGGAACACAUGCUGCGAGUGAAGGGCCUCACCAGCGAGGUGGGGGCCUCGCCCAUGCUGUCAUUGCCAGAUCGUUGUGUACGACUGGAGGAGUUUGAAACCUUGGCGCAGUGCGUGAAGCCUGAGCUGGCGGGUGGCAAACGACAGGACCUUGAACGCACUCGAGAAGCGGUGGUUGAAACUCUGGAGGCAUUGAUCGCUGCAGUACGAAAGGGAAUGGACAAGGUCAACUUGCGCCGCUCCACCAGCUCCUUUGCUCAGAGCCGGACACGGUCCCUGGCGCAGGCGGAACGGGAGCGCUUGCGCAUGGAGCAGAUCUUGCACGAGGACGAGAUGUCCCUUAGCAGCUGCAUCCGCUUGGCCGACUGCAUGUUGCAGCCUGAAGAGGCCAAUUUGGUGACCAGUAUCACCUGCACGGCUGAGGAGCAGCCGAUUCCCUCCCAAUUCAGCUGGGAAGUGAGAUUGGCGGUGGGGGGUCCUCCUCCACCGCAUCUUCAGGUCGGGGCCAGCCCUCCUCCCCCCCCAAGCACCAUGGCAAUGGAUGUGGACCAGGGGGCCGUCCCUCGGGUGUUUUGCCCCGUUCGUGGGUGCCCUUGUGCUGACCGCGCCAGAGCGGCGGGAUGGGUCAGCACCACCACAAUGCAAGGCCAUAUCGAUGCCCACCUUGCUGGGACACUUGGUGGUGAGGUGCCUGCAGACUGGCUCCAGGCCAACGCGCGCCAGCGGUGCGCAGUGUGCGGGCUGAGCGUCUCCACACGCUAUGGCAUCCAUCCCAGCUGCCGACCCGCAGCCAGGGCCGGAGCUGCUGCCGGUGGGAAUGGCCGCAACGACCCGGGUUCCCAGCUGCCGUCUUUUCCCGAACUUCAAGCUGCCGGGCAGGCCACACUGCGACACAUCCCCCAUGCAGCUCGGCACCUUUGGACCCAAGUGCUCACACGCACCCUCGCGGCCAUGGUGCACUACAAUGAUGACCUUGCCUGGAAAGAAUUCCUCAUGCUUCCUGCUUGUGUCUUGUGCGCUCCUCCUCGGGGCGGGCGGCGACAUCGGCGAGCGACGGCUGCCUACACCAUCGACCGGCUGAACCGUUGGCUGGAAGGAGAACGGGCUUCACUUUGGGACAGCCGCCCCUCUCCCCCUCCCCUGGGCCAGCGCGAGAUGUCCGACGGCGGCCGGCGUGACUUUGCCACCGCCUUGGCCCGUGAAGGCCUUGACAAAAAGGCAUGUGCAGCCUUGCUUUCCUCCGGGUUAGCCCCUGAAACGGCCGAGACAGUCCAGGAGCUCAAAGCGCUGCACCCUAUCCAGCCUCCACCAGCGGCCGUUCAGCUCUCCGACUUGCCCCCUCCUCCCGAAAUAGCUGUGGAGACCGUGGCCCGAGCACUUAAAAGCUUCCCUGCCGGCUCGGCUCCUGGCCCCUCCGGACUUCGUCCGCAGCACCUGCUUGAGGCCUGUCCGCCCGGCUCGGAGCAUGGCUUCUUGGAUCAGCUCACUGCUGUGGUCAAUCUGCUGGCGCGUGGCGGUGCUUGCCGGACUGCCGCUCCUUUUGUUGCUGGGGCCAAGUUGGUUGCCAUCCCAAAGCCACAAGGCGGCAUUCGCCCCAUUGCCAUCGGAGAGUCGCUCCGACGUCUCGUCGGGAAGUGCUUGAUGAGCAUGGUGCAGCAGGAUGCCCGGUCCUAUUUCUGGCCGGCGCAGGUUGGAGUGGCUGUCCCUGCGGGCGCGGAAUGCGUGCUCCACACAGUCCGGGCGUGGCUGCACCGCCACAAGCACUCCACGGACAAGGUCCUUUGCAAGCUUGACUUCCAGAAUGCCUUCAACGUCCUCUCCCGUGACAAGUUCUUGGCGGAGUGCCCGGUCCACUUUCCGGCCCUCGCUCGGUGGACCACCUGGUGCUACCAAGACACAUCUUUUCUGAGGUUUGGCACUUCCACUUUGGACUCUGCAAGUGGCGUCCAGCAGGGUGACCCUCUGGGCCCCCUUCUUUUCGCCGCUGCCUUGCAGCCGCUGGCGGAGGAAUUGCGGCAUGGCCCGCUGGACUUUGCCACCUUCUACUUGGAUGAUGGCGUUUUGGCCGGGUCUUCCGCUUCAGUCGCGGCGGCCUUGUCCCAUGUUCAGACGAGGGCCCAGGACUUAGGGCUGACGCUCAACCUCGCCAAGUGCGAAGUCAUCGCUGCAGGGCAGACACCGGAUGCGCCUCUUGCCGCCCUCUUCCCAAGCCAGCUGCUGCUCAAUGCCGAUGGUUCCCCACGCAUCCUUCGCAACUUCGAGUUGCUGGGGGCGGCCUUGGGCGAUGCCGACCACGUGACGGCAGCGACAACCAAGCGGGUGGCCAAAGCAACUGCCUUGUUGGAUGCAAUCGGCCGGCUUGAGGAUCCUCAGGUCGCCCUCCGCCUGCUCCGCUCUUGUGGCGGGCAUGCGCGACUGAUGCAUAGCAUGCGGUGCGUCCCGCCCUCAGCCCAACAGUCUGCCCUGCUCCAAUUUGAUGUGCAGGCUCGACAUUGCUUGGCUUCUUUCACCGGCAUGCACCUCAACCACGCACAGUGGGCCCAAGCAGUCCGAGGCUUUGACCAUGGAGGUUUGGCCCUUCGCUCGGCCGUGCUGGAUGCACCGGCAGCUUACCUCGCCUCCCUUGGAGGCUGCUUGGAUCGCUGCUCUGACUUGGACCCGGCCUUUGACCAUACCGAUGCGACCAAUGCCCCCGACGUCACCCAGGCCCUGCUUCUUUUCAACACCCAUGUGGACAAGCAACUCCAGUUGGGCGAAGUGCUCCGGCAGAGGCAAAAGAGUUUGACACAACUCCUCGACAGCCAUAGCUGGCACAGGCAGUUGGCCGCCAGCACUCCCGCUGCCAAGGCCAUGCUGCUGUCCGAGUCACAGCCAGGUGCACGAGCGUUCCUUGCUGCAGUGCCGGGCGGGCGGUGCUGCAUGGAGCCAGCUGCUUUCAUCGCCGAGGUGCGCCUCCGCAUGGGCUUGCCUGAUGCCGUGGCGGACACAUGGUGUCCCCGCUGCGAUGGGAUCUUAGAUGCCUACUCCCACCAUGCCGCUGUUUGCUCGGCAGGAGGGGAGCGCACUCAGAGACACAACGCGCUUCGGGACCUGGUUUGUUCUUGGGCUGAACGGGCAGGGCUCCACCCAGAGAAAGAGCGCCCGGGCUUGCUUUUACCCCAGCGACCUGAAGAAGCUAAGGUGGCUCGCAGACGUCCUGCUGACAUCUACUUGCCAUGCUUGGAUGGGACUCCGACUGCACUUGACUUUGCCGUCACAGGCCUUCAGCGGCCGGAGUCUUUUCCCCAAGCAGCACAAGUACCUGUCAGCGCGGCGGCUGCUUAUGCCCAAGUGAAGUGCAACCACCAGCACACGGCCCAACUUUGUGCCGACCAAGGAGUUCGAUUCCUUCCGUUGGUAUCAGAAUCCACGGGUGCAUGGGACACCGCCGCCAGCCGCACACUUCGGGUCAUCGCCUCGGCAGUUGCGGCCCGUGAAGGUCAGGUGGGCUCCUCGGUGUACACCGUCAUGCUCCAAGAGUGCAGCGUCCUCCUGCGCAGCUUCCGGGCUCGUGCGGCCCUGCGCCGCCGUUCGGAACUCGUGACCUUCUCUCAGCACCCUGUGCGGGCAUCGGCCGUGUUGCUGGAAUCCGUCCCAGACGUCACGUGAGAGCCGGGCUAGCUGCUUCAUAGUUUUUCCUUUGUACCAUCCUCUGGCCCAGUUUUCCUUCAUUUUGGCCGUGUCGAUGGUUUUUCCUUUUCUGCACGUGCGGGUUACUCUCGCCAUUGCUGACUGUGACCAUCUUUCCUGUACAAUUCAUUUAUUUGAUGUUGACGGUCAACCUCUUUCUUUUUCCAUGUUGCUGACUGGCAGCGGUUCUUCCUGCCACCCUGGCAGCCUGCCGGCGCACAGCGUGUGAGUCAAGCCUGUGGGUCUAGAUCCUUAGGAUCCUUAGGCAUGGCCCGCAUGGCCUUUCUUAGGCCGCGAAGGAAGGUGGUCUUCUGAUGGCUACUCGUUAAGCGAGUAGCUAGUAGCAGCUUCCGACCAGUC